AUGGGGAAGAAAAGAUUGAGUACUUUAAAAGAUAUGAAGCCUCAAGGGGGUGCUGGCACGCCCUUACCUGAGGAUAAGGCGAAGGUUGAAGCCGCAGGUAACAAUUUCAAAUCUAUCUUAAACAGGGCUAAACCCCUACCAAAGUUCAUUGUAUAUGAACCAAAGGUACCAACCUAUAGUAGAAAGUCUCAAGAAGAGAUGGAUAGAGAGUAUAUGGAGUUUGGAGACGUUAAAGGCGUUCCCGGUUACAAACCCAGUACCUCACAGCUGUCAAUUUUCAACAAGAACAAAGAAGGUUCCUCGGCUCAAGAAACAGUCACAAUCGAUGAUGAAAGUGAUCAAAACUUGCCGGGAGAUGAUAGUGACGAUGAAGAUGAUAUUCUGGACAGCAUGGAGGAUGAGCUGGAUGUGGAAGAAGGACUGGAUGAUGAUGAAUUAAAAACACAUCUCAAUAAAGCUGAUGAAUGGGUUAAUCAACAUGAUAAAAGCAUGGAACAAUUAAAUUCCGGCUUGAAUUUCCCAGAAUACGUGGAAGGUUCCUUUCCAGGAGGUGUUACUACUGAAGUAGCCACGAAAGUUUAUCAAUCGCUCACUCAUCUAACAAAUGCCGGUCAGAAUCGCCAAAACUAUAAAAACAGGGGAAAAUCAUCAUCUAACAAUCAACAAAAUAAGUUCAGUGGUAUGAACAAAACAUCAAAUAAGAAAGCAGCGUCCACCAAUGCUCAAAAAGGUGGCCCAAAGGAUUACCUUCAGACAUUUAGCCAUUUAGGUGUAUUUGGCCAGAAUUCAAUUUUCUUCAAAUUAAUCGAUCUCUUACAGGUACUGUUUAUCGACAUCUUCAGUUUGGUACGUUAUCUGAAAGAAAAUUCUUUUUUAAAUUCUUUUUUUUUCCAUCAAAAAGUGAAGAUAUGUUAA